AUGAUCACCAGGGGACUGUCCAGCGGCGCGAUCUGUCUCGGCUGCCGUCUGCGACUUCUUGGUCAAAGUGUCCGACCAAAUCUUUCCCAAUCGAUAAGCCAACAAGGCCGAAGCUCUUCCUUAUACCAGAACCAGCGCCGACGAUGGCUGGCGAGCGACGCACCCGCUCGACCCGACGAGCGCGACGAACAAGGCAAUAAAUCGGGACAAAAUGACUGGUCCUUGCUCGAACAGGCAUCUCGAGACCAAGCCAACGAAGAACAAGCCUAUCGUGACUUCCUAGAACAGGAGGAUGAAUUCCCAGAUGUCCGAGAAAGGCGGCCAGGCAGGCGCGGCAGCAGGAGUCUUCCGCGCCAAGCACGCAGAGAUUCUGACCAGAACUCUUCGCCAAUGAUGAGGCAUCUCGACCUCCGGAAGAAGGUUUUGUCUGGCAGGAAGAUUCUCACCGAGACUUCGGCAAGUCUGGGCUCCGACAUGCUAGGAAAGCCAGCUUACGCCAUUGUCAUGAAGGAUACUGGCAAAUAUCGGGCAAAGAAACGGCCUGUCGGCUUGAAGAAAUCCGCCCAAAAAGAUGAAAUGAAAGAUAUUGAAGCCUUGCUCGACAACCGCCGUAUACCUGCUACCGAAGCCGAAGUCCGCCAGAAUAUAGACGAGCUACGACCCCCUAAUAGUGAGCUCAUCCUGCGGCAGAAAAAUUUUCUGAAGCUACAAACCAACCUGGAAGAGGGUUUCUUGAAAGAGCAACUUCAGCAGUAUAUACUGUCUUUCCAGUCGGACCCCAGCGUCGAGCCCACGACAACAAGUUCAGUAGCAACACAAAAGUCGGAAGAGACGAAGCUGAAAGAUCAAUACCCCUGGAUCAGCAAUGCAGUUCCCUGGAUGCCCGUGGAUCCCUAUGGCGGAGUUGCAGUCCUCCACGACCACUCAAGUCGUCUCCUGCAUGCCUACCUUCCGCCUGAUGCUGGUCCAAAAACCCGAGCUGCUGUAAGAAUCAUGCGAGAAUGCUGGGGCCUGCAAAUGGAAGAGGUCGCAAAUGGCCUUGGGGAAGCACGAAUCAGACUCCAAACGAAGCACUUCAUUCCUUUGAUGCGCAGCUCACAAAAGCUCUUGCGCUCGAUCACGGAAACAUAUCUGGAAGAAGGAGAGGCUCUGGAAACACUUGUGCCAACAAAUGAGAUUCGAAUUCGGGCGCCUCGGUACAAGUACGAGACCUUGUUGUUCGAAAUUGAUGCACUCAUCGGCAAACUCCAGUCUCACACAUUCCCUAUUUCACAUGUCACGUCAGAUCCUACCACAGUCACCGAGGAAUUACUUGAGCUAGUCGGCAAAGUCACAAACACCCAUGUACGGCUCACUGACACAAGGAAUCGGUUGCAAGUCACCUGGAUCCAGCUUUCUACUCAGUAUAAGCCAGAGGUUGAAACUCUUUCCCAUGUCGUCUUCCGUUUCCUCCGAAAUGCUCUUUAUCCCGACUCGGCUACUCGAACGCUUCAUACCACGAACGCCGAAAUAGCACUUGCAGCUGGAGGCACACGUCUGAUAGCGGAUCACUCUCACAAGGAAAAAUGGGCCUGGAAGGACAGACUCUCAUCAUGGGCCCGCCUUGCAAGCCCAAUAUCAGCACCGAAUCCCGAGAUCAAGCGUAUGGAAACUACAAGCACCGAACCCGUGCUGCCGAACUUCUCUAUACCCAUUGAGCAGUUCGACUAUACCAGAUCACGAUCAUUGGAGGUCACGGCCGAAACUUUGAAUCUGAGCUCGUCCGAGUCCCCGACUGCCGAAGGCGUCGCAAUCCAGGAGAGCUCGCGCUUCCCGUACCAGCCGGUCCGCUGGUCUGACCAACCAAAGACCACCACCGUCGGCAAGUUUGGACAUGCUCUCACCAUGUACGAUAAAAAGGCAGAUUCGACCGGCACCUUUUCGAACCAGCCUGGUCUGGGGGACCUUGCCGCCCGUCCCUACAAUUUCUCUCCUGUUGUACCACACCCUCUCACCAUGGCCGAUCUCUCACUAUCCCCCGCCAACGAGAACGAUUUUAUACCGACCGCCUCGACAAUCGUUGUUCGAUUCUUUCACAAUCACGAAUCUGCAUUUCGGGCACUGCCUCUCGUCGCGCCACCUCUCGAGUUACGCCUCUCCCUCUCCGAACCGAGCGACACUCGCAAAGAUCCCGAAAUCACCGGCGUCCAUUCAUUGCGAGUCGUGUCAUCUACACACCACGAUGACGUGCUCUUCCCCGCCAGUCCAGUCGACCUGCGCAUCACCCAGACCCGCAGUGUCUCCCUGCAAGGUUCCCCAGGCGCCCUUCAGGAUUGGCAGCCCAUUGCCGAUUUCCUCGCCCGAUCCCACCUCGACUUUGGCGCUGGCAAGCUCGAGAUGGCCAAACAGCAGCGCUUCCAGAUCCCGCUCCGACUCUUUCACAAAGCUGCAGCUUCCAAUACCAACACCAACAAUAAGGAACACGGGCAGCGACAAGAGGAGGAAGCAAGCCCCGAAUCGCUACGCAGCACACUCUACGAGUUUGCCGGUCUUGAGCUGCACCGCUCCGUCUCCGUGCCGUAUCCCGAGGACGAGCGCUUCAAACUGGUCUACACCUCGAUCGAGGCCGGACAGGGAGGAGGCCGGCGCGCAGAAUUAAGCUUGGAGCCUGCAUCCAGAGCACAUUUGCCGCUGUCAACCGAGGCCGGCGAGUACCACGAUGACUUCCUUCGCGCUUGUUCCAGGUUUGCUCAAACGGCAAAGAAUUGGUCUGGCUAUAUCGCCGACUCUAGAGUCAAGGUCUCGAAGUCCUAA